UUUUGAACAGCCUUAUUUUGCAAGUCGAUAACUUGGACCCACGGCCGGCAGUAGAUUUGGCAUGACGGGGACUCCGAGUUUCCGACGUACAGAAGAUAACAAAUUUUGACUUAUAUCUAUGGAAAGUAAGUAGCAAUAAAAUUACUAAAAAGAUAAUUCAGCACUUCAAGUUCAACAUCAGAAUCAAGAAGGAAGAACAUACACGAUGGAACUAAAGCCAGGCCUCUCUGCUUUCGUCACUGGGGGUGCCUCCGGAAUCGGUAGGGCUCUUUGCAUAGCUCUUGCCCAAAAGGGUAUUUUCGUCACAGUUGUCGACUUUUCUUCUGAAAGGGGAGAAGAGGUUGCAUCACUUUCACAAAAAGAAAAUCUCAAAUUCCAUUCCGGAUUAAAAUUCCCAUCUGCUAUCUUUAUAAAAUGCGAUGUCAGUAACAAAGAAGAAGUAGCUGCUGCAUUUGAAAAACACCUUGAAGUAUAUGGAAGUUUGGAUAUUUGCAUUAACUCUGCAGGAAUUGCAACUACAAUCCCAUUUUCAAAAGAUCAAACAGAUGGAUCAAAAUCAUGGAGACAUGCCAUUAACGUGAAUCUUGUAGCAGUUAUCGAUUGCACCCAAAGAGCUAUUAAAAUAAUGGAAGAUGCAAAAAGACAUGGUGUGAUUAUAAAUUUGGGUUCAGCAUCAGGGUUAUAUCCAAUGAUUACUGACCCUAUUUAUUCUGCUUCCAAAGGUGGUGUGGUUAUGUUUAGCAGAUCGCUUUCUACCUACAAGAGAAAGGGUAUUCGUGUAAAUGUGCUUUGCCCUGAGUUUAUUCAAACUGACAUGGCUGAAAAAGUGGGGUCCAAGUUUAUUGAACGCAUGGGAGGCUAUGUAUCCAUGGAUACAUUGAUUCAAGGAGCAUUUGAGCUUAUAAGUGAUGAAAGUAAAGCUGGAGCAUGUUUAUGGAUUACAAAACGUAGAGGAAUGGAAUAUUGGCCUACUCCUAAUGAAGAAGCAAAAUAUUUAAUAACACCUUCAAGAUUAAAAAAGAAAAUAUUUUCAUCGGUUGUUUCUUCAAAUAUUCACAUUCCACAAAGCUUUGACAAAUUAAUUGUUCACACUCUAAGCAGCAAUUUUCGUAGUGCUACAAGUAUAGUGCAUGCACCUUUGAAAUUACCAAUUCGCCCAAAUCAUGUUCUUUUGAAAAUUAUAUAUGCUGGUGUCAAUGCAAGUGAUGUGAAUUUUAGUUCUGGAAGCUACUUUAGUGGAACCAAACAGGAAAUCAGUUCUAGGCUUCCAUUUGAUGCUGGAUUUGAGGGUGUAGGAUUAAUUGCUGCAAUUGGUGAAGGGGUUAAAAAUUUAAAAGUUGGGACUCCAGCAGCAAUCAUGACUUUUGGAGCUUAUGCUGAAUUUGCCAUGGUUCCUUCAAAACACAUUCUUCCUGUUGCAAGACCAGACCCUGAAGUUGUUGCCAUGCUUACUUCUGGACUUACUGCUUCAAUUGCUCUAGAAAAGUCAGCCCAAAUGGAGUCUGGAAAGACAGUUCUUGUCACAGCUGCUGCAGGAGGAACCGGACAAUUUGCAGUUCAGCUUGCUAAAUUAGCUGGAAACAAAGUGGUUGCAACAUGUGGAGGCAAAGAUAAGGCUAAGCUUCUGAGAGAUUUGGGAGUUGACCGAGUCAUUGACUACAAAGAAGAAUCGAUUAAAAAUGUUUUGAAGAAGGAAUUUCCAAAAGGAGUUGAUAUUGUUUAUGAAUCUGUUGGUGGUGACAUGUUUGAUUUAUGCUUCAAUGCUUUAGCAGUUUAUGGAAGAAUGGUUGUCAUUGGAAUGAUAUCUCAGUAUCAAGGAGAGGAUGGAUGGAAACCAAGAAACUACACGGGUCUAUGCGAGAAAAUCUUGGCAAAAAGUCAAACUUUGGCUGGAUUUUUUCUAGUGCAAUACCCUCACUUGUGGCAACAACAUCUUGAUAAUUUGGUUCACCUUUUCUCUGUGGGAAGGCUAAAGGUUGCAAUAGACCCUAAAAGCUUUGUGGGUGUACAAUCGGUUGCUGAUGCAGUUGAAUAUCUUCAUUCUGGUAAAAGUGUAGGCAAGGUGGUUGUUUGCAUUGACCCGAGUUUCAGCCAACAAACUGCAAAGCUUUAAGCUUUUAAGCUUUAAUUAUAAAUUAAUAAUCAAUGUUGAAAAUUUGAAGGAUUUAAAGUUGGUAUACGAAAUAAAGGAAAGUUGUGUUUUAUUUUUCUGUUUCUAAAACAUUAGGGGGAUAUUUGUGUCUUGGUUUGUAGGUAAAGAUUGUUGUUGAAUGUAUAUUUUGUAAAGCCUAUAGAAAGGCUUCGUAGGGGUUGUUUCUUUUUGACUUAAUGGGUUAAGUACAUAGUAUGGAUAUGUAGA